AUGAGAUCCCAAGGCGACGCCGACGAGGUUGCUGUAUACCGUGCCCUUGGCGCUUUUCGCCAUGUCGGCAAGAUCCAUCUGACCGUGUACUGCCCACCGCCAUUCCCCGCCUCCUUCCAAUCUAGCGACGAGCUCGAAAACCAACACGCGAGCGAUCAGGUUCCAGAUGGAGAGACCAAAGCCGCAAUGGACCACGCUCUGAUCAACGCCGCAAUUGACGAGAACCUUGCACGUUCGAUCUAUAGAACCGUUUCUACAUCAAGAGCCGAAUUUUCCUAUCCUCUUGAACACUUGUCUUUGCGUGUUGGAAAGACGUAUAAAACCACCCAAUUUACCUGGAAAUUGGCCUACAUUGGGCGCUCGUGGACUUGUGUCCGCAACGAUCGAGACGACAGGCUGCAUGAGUGUUCCAUCUGCGAGUACGAUAUCAGAGAGAAAUUGGACAGAGAAUACAAGGAAGAUGAGAAUUCCUUCUUCAAAAUUGACAAUUCGACUAUCCUGGAGGCUGUCUGUCGUGUUUGGCCUGCUGCUAGAAACAUGGAUUGGAAGAGAGCAUGGCAUAGCUUUCCACUUGCUGAUUCUCGAUGA